AGAGCCGGGGCCACUGCACUUCAGUCCGUCCCGCGCCCCGACCGCCAGCAUGACUGAUGCGCUGCUGCCCGCGGCCCGCCAGCCGCUGGAGAAGGAGGGCGAAGACUACUUUCGGAAGGGAUGCAAUCCCCUUGCACAGACUGGCCGGAGCAAACUGCAGAAUCAAAGGGCUGCUUUGAAUCAGCAGAUCCUGAAGGCUGUGCGGCUGAGGACAGGAGCAGAAAACCUCCUGAAAGUGGCCACGAACCAGAAGGUGCGGGAGCAGGUGCGCCUGGAGCUGAGUUUCGUCAACUCCGACCUGCAGAUGCUCAAGGAGGAGCUGGAGGGGCUCAACAUCUCGGUGGGAGUGUACCAGAGUGGGGAGGAGGCGUUUACAAUUCCCUUGAUUCCUCUUGGCCUGAAGGAGACCAAAGACAUUGACUUUUCUGUCGUCCUCAAGGAUUUUAUCCUGGAACAUUACAGUGAAGAUGGCUAUUUGUAUGAAGAUGAAAUAGCAGAUCUAAUGGAUCUGAGGCAGGCUUGUCGGACACCCAGCCGGGAUGAGGCGGGGGUUGAACUGCUGAUGGGCUACUUCAUCCAGCUGGGCUUUGUAGAGAGCCGAUUCUUCCCACCCACCUGCCAGAUGGGGCUCUUGUUUACCUGGUAUGACUCCCUCACCGGGGUUCCGGUCAGCCAACAGAACCUGCUGCUGGAGAAGGCCAGCAUCCUGUUCAACAUCGGAGCUCUCUAUACACAGAUUGGGACCCGGUGCAAUCGGCAGACUCAAGCAGGGUUGGAGAGUGCUGUGGAUGCCUUCCAGAGGGCUGCAGGGGUUUUAAACUACCUGAAAGAGACAUUCACUCAUACUCCGAGUUAUGACAUGAGCCCCGCCAUGCUCAGCGUGCUGGUCAGAAUGAUGCUUGCUCAGGCCCAAGAAAGUGUGUUUGAGAAAAUCAGUCUCUCUGGGAUCCGGAAUGAGUUCCUCAUGCUGGUGAAGGUGGCACAGGAGGCUGCCAAGGUGGGAGAGGUGUACCAGCAGCUGCACAUGGCCAUGAGCCAGGCGCCCGUGAAGAAGAACAUCCCCUACUCCUGGGCCAGCCUGGCCUGUGUGAAGGCCCACCACUACUCAGCCCUGGCCCACUACUUCACCGCCAUCCUCCUCAUCGACCACCAGUUGAAGCGAGGUGCGGACGAGGACCAUCAGGAGCAGUGCCUGUCCCAGCUGUAUGACCAUAUGCCAGAGGGGCUGACACCUCUGGCCACACUGAAGAAUGAUCAACAGCGCCAGCAGCUAGGAAAGUGCCACCUGCACAAAGCAAUCACCCACCACGAGGAGUCGGUGAGGGAGGCCAGCCUGUGCAAGAAGCUGCGUGACAUCCAGGUGCUUCAGGAGGUGCUGUCGGCCGCACAGCAGCGCACGAGGCUCAAGUACACUCAGCACCAGGAGGACGACGACGAUCUCCUGAACUUCACCAAUGCACCCAACGUUGUCCCUAAAACGGAACGAGAGGCUGAAAUGAUACUGCCCCAGUUCUCCAAAGUGACAGUAACGGACUUCUUCCAGAAGCUGGGCCCCCUGUCUAUGUUUUCGGCUAACAAGAGGUGGACACCUCCCCGAAGCAUUCACUUCUCUGUGGAGGAAGGCGACCUGGGGUUCACCUUGCGAGGCAACACCCCCGUUCAGGUCCACUUUCUGGAUCCUUCUUGUUCUGCUGCGCUGGCAGGAGCCAAGGAAGGAGAUUAUAUCAUUUCCGUUCAUGGCGUGGAUUGUAAGUGGCUGACGGUGAGCGAGGUUAUGAAACUGCUGAAGAGCUUCGGUGGGGAGGAGAUUGAGAUGAAGGUCACGAACCUCCAGGAUUCCACGUCGUCCAUGCAUAAUAAGUGUGCCACGUACUCUGUGGGAAUGCAGAAAACUUACUCCAUGAUCUGCUUAGCUAUAGAUGAUGAUGAUAAAACUGAUAAAACCAAGAAAAUCACGAAAAAGCUUUCAUUUUUGAGUUGGGGCACCAAUAAGAACCGACGGAAGUCAGCCAGCACCUUGUGCAUCCCAGCAGUGGGGGUGGCAAGGCCUCAUGUCAAGAAGAAGCUCCCCACACCUUUCAGCCUGCUCAGCUCUGACAGCUCUCGGUACUGACGGGAGGAAGUGGAAAUGUUCACUUCCGGGGUUCACUGGGCCUUAACAUUUGUGCCAUAAUGCAGAGUAUCUCAAUAUUUUCAAAUCCCAUUUUCUCAUGUGUUUGAUGUGCUUUUAUGAAAGUAACAAGAAACUUCUGAAGUUUGUGGAAAACACACUUGAGUAUCGCAAUAUUGCUGCAAGUUAUUUAUUCUAUAAAGUAUUGUACAUAGAGUAGUGUUGAAAUCAUGGUGGUUUUUUUUUUUGUACCGGGGAUUGAACUCUGGACCUUGCGCUUGUGAGGCAGGUGCCGGAGCCACUGAGCUAAAUCCCCGGCCCAUUAUGGCCGUUUUUAAUGGUUACAGUGACCACUUUUAAGUACUCUCAGCGUUAAAUUGUGGUUACCUACAUUAGUACUGUUUGUUAACUGCCCAGGUUUGGGUAAUAAUCUUUCCUUAACCUAGAAUUCAGAUGACCCUUGAAUUAAGGCAGGUCACAGGACUAUGACAGAAUGAAAUUUGUUACUAAAAACUUCUAAAGAGCUGCUUCCUCAUGGAAUUCAUUAACUUAAAAUAAGAUUUUCCCAUUAUUUCUACCUAAUAUGAAUGCUAUUUCCAAAUAAAGCCUAGUGCCAAAUUUGUCUUGAAUUAUUCUUUUUUUUUUUGCAGUGCCAAAAAAAAAGUACUACCAAGAAAUAAAAAUAAAAUUUAAAAGCAGCUUUUCCCAGUUUCAUGCUAUUUGUAAGUUGCUAACACAGUGGCAGUGUUAGAUGGAGAUGCUGUCUACAGGGUAGAUAAUAUGCUGUUUGAUACUCAAAACAUUUUCAUUGUGUUUAAAGUAGAAAGUACAUAACUAUAUUUUAAGAGUCUUGGGUAAAAAAAGUAGAUUUACAUUUUAUACGGUGAAGAUGUAAAUGAUUCAAAUUUAAAGCUCUGACUUUUUUAAAUGAACAUUCUUACCAGUUUGAUUUCUCUGGCUAUAAGUUGGAUGACACUGUGACUAAUAAAGAUUCAUGGUUGACAUAGUAAAAGUGACAUAGCUUAAAAAUAUAGCAUUUUGAGAAUGAGAAUUUAAAUAUUUUAUAUUGUGCAAUAUCUUAAGGGAAGCAACCACCUUUGGGAAAGUGUAUCUAUCCACUGCUCAUAGAACCAUGUUUGUAUAAAUAUUUAAAUAAAUACAUUUAUCUGACUUUU